UCAGGGAAGCAACAGUAGUGAUAGUGGCACAGUAUUAAUUAGGCGGAAGAUCUUCAUAAUUAUAGAGGACUAAAAUUAUAAUAUAUAAACAUGGCUUUGCAUUUGUUUACUGUACACAUUGUAAAAUUAGCGGAUAACAUCUGCACUGCCAAUUCAUUGCACCAGUGAACACUGAAGUGGUAAAGUGAAUCAAGCGUUACAAGAUGAUGCAGAAUUAAAUGCUAAAGGGAUGAGCAUGUAAGCUAGAAAUCAACCUCGAAGACCAGUCUACCUGCUCCAGUUUGGACAAUGCCUGGAGCUGGUCCAAGUUCUGCUACAAAUCCCAGUCAGAGACCUACAUCUUUCAGUGGUUUGGAAUUAGGUGGACACACUAGCGUCAACACACCAGAUGUGACUGCAGACAUCAUUGACAUAUAUGAAGCCAGUCAUUCAGAAACAAGUACCAAUGCGUCUGUUAGUGAUGGAGUAUCGGUGGCUCCUGACUAUCCUAUGGAUUCUUUGCCACGGCACACUAGCACCCAUUCAUUGCCGGGGACUGGGGUUCAAAGAGAGAGGAGAGAAGCUCCUGCACCACCCAGGUCACACUCUUCAAAUGUAGCUAUGUCAAAUGUGGUGGUGGCCAGUCAGGGAGCAGAAAGAGGCCUUACACAUUUACCACCAUCAAGUCUUUCGACAAGUGCUGGAAAUAUUGCCUCACCUGUGAUACCUGUGUUACAUUCACCAAGCCGUCCACCUGUGAUAACCCACAUUCCAAUGCAUUCUCUACCACAUGCUCAUUUAGGGGCCGCGUCAUCACCAGCUGUUGUGUCACCUUCCAACAUCAAUGUUCACGUAAGCGGUGAAGGAAUUGUUUCUAUACCUUCCCCUGUAAGUGUAAAUGGAUUAGGUAAUUCUAGGAGUGUUGUGCCACCGAAUUUCAAUACUGGGGUGGUUAGAAUGGAUCGUCAUAGUUCUAGUGGAAAUAUGCUACCCGAUGUGGUCAGUCACUCUCAACAAGCAUUGAGUCCAAGACCAACACAUGCAUCACCGAGACCUACAAGACCUAACAUUCCUCAGUCUGAGUCGAGACACAGUGAGUUACGAGAUCACAGACAUAGUUCCGAGCCCCAUGGUCGUCAUCGGCACACCCAUGGACAUAGACACAGAUCCCACAGACACUCGCGCCAUCAAAACCUUUCAGAGGAGGAGCCAUGUAAGGAAUCAUGUAUGAAAUGUUUGGCAGCUGGAACAUCUUUUCGUUGGAUUCUUGUGGUGUUGUCUCUUCUGGGAGUGUGCUGUGUAGUGACUGGUAUUGUGUUGGCAGCUCUCCACGCGGCUGGCAAUUCUUUCCUCUUUCUUGCCAUAAUGUUUUUAGGACUGGGUGUGUUGCUGGUAGUGGUUGUGGGUGUGGGCUGGAAGUGCACGCCCAGGGGUCAUGAGCCCCUCCAUGCCCUGUUCCAUUUGGGAGAAUUUAGAAGACAUUCUAGAAGGAGAAGAACAAGAACACAUGAGCGACGAAGAGGUGGUAAUCGGUGGUAUGGAGGUUCCAUGUAUCCGGAGUUCCAAUAUCGGCGUCCCCCUCCCUCCUACAACGCAUCAAUGCAGGAAUUCCAACAGCAGCAGCACCAGCAGCCCGCCUCUCCUCACACCCCUGACCUCUAUGACCCCAACAGUGACCCCAACAGUGACCCUGCGGAGGACUACAGUCUUCCCUCCUCCCCUCCACCUUCAUACCGGUCAAGAGCCAGCACAGUGAGGGCAGGUAUUCAAAUAACGUUCCCACCCAAUCAAGGCGGAGAUUUCCCUGACUCUAGACCGCCCACCUACCGGUCCCACCCGAGUAACACCCUACACACCCGUCACACUCGGCCGUCCCUGUCCAGAGAUGACGAUGACCUCUAUGACCAUGACCCUGCACCCGCAGACGUAGCAUUCACUGGAUCUACAGUGUUUGUUGACACAAACAAUUCUCAGUGCGGUACCAGCAUUCACAUUAACCCAGUCAUGGCUGCUAAUCAGAAUGUGACAGUGUCCGUGACGACUGUUUCUGUGACAACCUCUGCCCCUGUUGUUACCCCUCAUGUCCAUGCGGAGGGUGCAGGGUCUUCUGCCCUUCCUUCCGACUCUUUUGGCACAGAAAUAGUUGACCCGGUAGGGGAAGGAGGUUUAGACCGUGAAGUCACACAGCUGUAGACACAGGAUAAGGAAACUAUUAAGUAGACUCAGAAUUGAUGCAGAGGUUGACAAAUGUAGACAAUUAAAUUAAGGGUUAUAAUUGACUGUGUGGACUAUAAUAUUCAAUCAGGUGUUAACAUCAUAAUUAUGAUAAUCAGCAAUUAUUAACUAGAUAUAGACAUGAGAACAAAAAAUUGAUAAGUAGACACACACACAGAUGAAGAUAAUAAAUUAAGAAAUUAUUCGGUACAACCAGAGAUGUAUAAAACAGAAUGGAACUUGUAUGGAACCCAAACAUUAGAAGAAUCAAAACGGUAAUAGCUGAUGUAGACAGGUAGGUUUAGAGUCAAAGUCAGAGGUUCUUAAAGACGACAGGCAAGUUUAGAUAAUGGAAUGAAAGAGUGUUUAUACUUGUUAUUUACAAAUAAUUCAGGGCUUCUUUUAGUUAGACUGAAGUUAAAUUGUGGUUUUGUUGAUAGUUAAAUGUUACUUUUCUGUACACAAUUAAUGUUUUGAAUAAUUUUGUAUAGUGAAUAUAUAAUCUGUCUUAACCAGCGCAGAUAUGUCUAUGAAUAUCUUACAUUUCUGGCAUGUCUGUUGUAAGGUCAUUUUCAUGUACCUGUUGGUUGUAUUUUGUAUGUUAAUUCCAAAGUUCUAGAAGAAUGCAUUGCUAUUGUUACAUUCUUAGCCUUGAUGUUUUUUACUUAGUGAAUAUUUGUUACUGUCACUUGUAACUAAAUAUGUUUUGUAAUGGAUGUAACCCUUUUUAUCAUGUUGAAAUUUGGCUUAAUACAUUUGCUAUAUCUGUUAAAACUAAAGUUUUUUACUCUAUAACUUAAGAUUUCUGUAUUUAUCUUUAUUUGAGAUUUGUUGAAUGUGGAAUAUAUAUUGUAUACUUAUUAAUACAAAAUGUAUCUAAAAUGAUUUAAAAGUACUGGUAGCCUUGUAUUUUACCAAAUGAAAGCACUCGUUAUUUAGAGUGUCAAUUAAGUAAUGGUGGCAAUUGAUACGUUUAUUGAUUUCAUGUGUGUCUUCCAUGUAUACACUUGCAUCAAAUUUCAAUUCCAAAAUUAUUUUGCCUAUUGCUUAUACAGCUAAACAUGAAUUUGGAAUCAAACACUUCCUGGUCAGUUUUAUGUAUUGUUUUAUCUACAUUUUAGCAUUUUUGUAAAUUAACUGUUUUGAAUGUCAUGUAUGUCAUUGAAGCACAUAAUAUUUACACACUUUUUAAUGAGGGUUGGAUUUUCUGUUUUAAUUAGUUUUAUAUAUUUUGCCCCAGUUUGCUAUUUUAAUGGCCCUUUAUAAGGCAUACCCAGUUUGAAUCGGUUGUGACAUCAGGGAGUUCAUCAGACUGGACUAUAACUUGAGUUUCCUGCAUAUAAAUAAAUUGAAAAGUAUGGCAAUAGAAGAUUUAUAUGACCAACAAUAAUCGGCUCUCAUUGUUAAACUUGUGUAUGGUCCCAUUGAAAAAUACAAACAUAUUAUUGGUUCAAUAUUUGUGUGAUUUCUGUUAUUCCUGGUUUUUCAACAAUCAAUGGAUUACAUAAUAAGGAAUUGGAUAUUAUUAUCACCAAGUUUGUGCCUUUAGUAACUGUUGUUGAAAAUAUUAAAUGAUUACCAUUAAGUAAUUAAGAUGAAAUUUCAUUUAGUUUACUCUAAAUGUUUUUUUUGUAAGUUGGUGAAUCAUAAGUUUAAAUAAAAGUUUCACUUUUGUCCUAAAUACUGUUCUUUAUAGUAUAACAGUUAUUUUGUAUUUUUUACCACAUAGAUGAUAUUUAUACUAAAAUUAAUAUGCUGUGUUGAUCGUGAUUAUUUAAUUCUUACAUAACCCACAUUAUCAUGUUUGCUCCCUGUCUCAGAUGUGUUGUGUUUUUGACCUUUUACAUCUAGCCUACUACAGGUAACUUCAUGUUGCUAUAGGCUAUCAUUUACUCACUAUAAAUAGUGAUUUAUUACCACCUAAGUAUGUAUUUUCUCUCCGGCCAAGCCAUUCUCUCACACUUAAGGUAACAUAAACCAGCUAUUUCAAGUUGAUACUUGUAUACAUGUUUUGCGUAUUGUUUCCAUUUACAGACAUUAAAACACUGCUUCAUGUAUAAAUUAAAUUUGUAUUGAAAUAGUUUAAAUGAUCAUGUUAAUAAUGACGUGUAAUCUUAACCACUUUGAUAUUUAAAAAAAGUAAUUUGGGCAAAACUACUCCAGUUGUAUACAUUGUUUUUAUUGUGAAAUCACAUCUACAUAACAGUAAGAUUUUUUUUUACUUUCGACAUUACGUGAAUUUGCAAAAGGGUGAUACGUAGUAAUAUGUAUGAGUGAUUUUUUAGGGUGAUUUGGGGUCGAAAUUCUGCUUCAUGACCCAGCUCAAAAGUUAUAUAUUUUACCUCUAUAUGCUCCUUAAAAUUCCCCUCUAAAGGUUAGCUUUAUUUUGGAGAAAAAAAACGUCAAAAUAAAUGGGACAAAAAUGACUAGGUUAAAGACAUUUUUUUUUUUAAAUAAUUUCAAUAAUUUUCAUCAAACCAAGUUUGAUUAUUAUCUCAUUAAAUAUGUGUAGCAAAGCUUUAUGGUUUAUAAUAAAGAAGAAUGAACACCUGUUAUCAUGCUUAUCCCCUUUUGUCAUUAAAUUACCUGUCCAAAGGACCCGCCACCUUUACUCCAAAUUGGCAAAAAACCCACCGAGUAUAAAGUUAUCAGGUUACAAGCAACCAUCAAAUGAAACUAAUUCAGAGAUGACUUAGAGGUUUUAUGGGUUUUCUUCAUGACAGAGCUUAAAAAUACUGAACAGUGUUAAAUGUAUAUGUAUAUUCCUCCUUGUUCUAAUACAAUUAUUGUUAUACUAUUAUCUUUUAUUGAUUUGGAUAUUUAUAUGGUUGAUAUUUUUUAUUGUCAAAGGGUUCUUUAAUUUUAUAUUACAUAUAAAGGCAUCUGCAUGGGAAUUUUAUAAACUGAUCUUUUGUGCACGGAAUUAAAUACAAUCCACAACAUGCCAAUUUUUCUAUUCAGUUUAAUACAUGUAUGUUUAUAUAUUUUAUUUUUGAAUAUACCAAUACAUUCGCCAGUAAUAAAUUUGUAUUGAGUUACAAGAGGUGCCUUACUUAAUAUUUUAAUAUACAUUUUUAUGUUUAAAUGCCCAUCGAAUACUGUUUGAUAAUUAACUUGAAAUUAUACUUUUAUUAGAUCUGAUUUUUAUACUCCACACUGAUUGAUGAUAAUUAUAUGUUUAUAUGUCAAAAUAAUUUUAAUAUCUAUUGUGAAGGAAAGUGAUUAACAUAUUUUAACAUAAUUUGUACUUUUAUCACUUUGUUCAACAGUCAGCGGUGUUACUGUUCAGAAUUAGAAUUUUAGCAAGAAGUAACUACAAGGGAAGAUGCAAAACUAAACACUUUUAAGGCCUAUUUUUGUAAAUAGCCAAAUUAAGAGCCAUUGUUGUAAAUAGCCCGAGGCAAGCAUAAUUAAAUCUGUUUUUCGAUUCAUUUACAUAGCCUCUGUUACUUAUUUGCUUUAAGCAAUCUCAUGUAUAUGCUUUCUUUUCUAGAAUUUUAUCAGCGAUCUGCUUGAGUUAAGUUUUAUUGUGUUGAAUAACAUUGACUUCUGUGUUUGUCACUGUCUGUCACAUUUUGUUUUGACUUUGUGUAAUAUUAAAUAAUACGGUAAGAGGGAUAAAAGGCGUUUUACAGCUGUCUCAUGUGGUAAUAAAUGCACAGACAUUAAUCCAUCAAGGCCCACAAGUAUUAUUGUUUAAGAUGACUUAGAAUAUUUGGGGUAAUUUUUUAUGAUUAUUUUAUUUAGUUAAUGGACAAUGUGAAAAUUAUAACAUAUUUAUUUGAAACUUAUAAAGUCAUAUCCUUAAACAUUUAUUUAAAUAGGUAUUUUUCAAAAGAGAAAAUAUAUUUGCAUACAAACUUGUGUACAAUCAAGUGUUGGGGCAAUUUGUACGAGUUGGCCAUGUCACUUCAAGCAAACAAAAAGCAAAGAGUCCCUGUAUGAAAUAUAAUAGUUAAAUCCUGCUUGCUGUACAACAUUUCUCAAUAAGCAUUUAAUGAAACAGGAUGUUUCUAGCUGAGUAAUUUUGUUAACUUGCCUGAAAUUUUAUUAUCUUAAAAUUGUUCAAAGAUUUCAAAUUUGAUAUAUUUCAAUGUGUGCUUAAGAAUAGUAAAAUCUGUAAGUCAAAUUAAAAUGAACUUUUAAAAGAUUUGUACCAAUAUUAUCCAUAGAAUUUGUAUUCAAUUUAUAUAUGAAUGUUAUGGAUAGUCACAUUAAACUUCUGUUGAGUUGAACAUGUGUUUAAGUUUCAAAGUCGUAAUUAUUGAUUUUUGAUAAGUUGGUAAUAACACUUCAGAUCAUUUUGGUAGGGUUUAACAUGCUCAUAUAUAUUUACAGUUUUGUUACCAGUAUAAAGCUCGUGGCACUUAAUAAUUUGGUGUUUGCUUUAAGGUCAUUGUUUAUCAUAGUUAAUACAGUUAUACAGUGUACAUGUACAUGUAUAUGUGUCUAGGGUCUUGAUAGUGGGACUGUUUUUGUUUUUUAAUGUUGCAUGUUUAAAAGCGAGUGUAUAUCAUCUAAUUACAUUUGUUCGAUAUAUAUCAAAUGUUAAUGAAUAAAAAAAUUAGAACAAAAUUCAGGGUUAUUACCAGACAAUAAACGAAAUAAGAGUUUUAUUCAAAUGCAAUGAAAUGUGUUUUUUAAUGAGUAGAUAACAAUUUCAUUAACACUGGUAAUGCACAAUGUUGGGAAAUCCCCACUUAUUGGGCAUAUUUCCUCAGGCGACACAUAGACACAAUUUGAUUCUGCAACAAGUACAUGUUUAUGUGUGGGUAUCGGCACAAACGUUUACCUAACUAAUGAAUAGACGUUAACAAUAUUUGAAUUAUUAUGCAAUUAAAAGAUCGUUAAUAAAUCGUUCAUAUUCAUGUGUUUGAUUAUGGUUGCAAAAAUGUUGAAAUUAAAGUAGUGUAUUCUCGCUUUAAGUAUUGGAAGAUCAUCAAACUUUCAAAUCGGCUUUUAUGCUGUAUUUUAAGAGCCAUGAACACGUUGAUAAUUAGUGUACUGAAUGCUUACUUUAAAUCGCGCCUUUGGAAAAUGGGGCAUAAUGCACGUGCGUAAAGUAUCAUCCCAUAUUAACUUGUGCACUCUACAUGGGCCGUGUUAUGUGACAAGGGGGUUAAAUGAAUGUGCGUGAAGUGUCGUCCCAGAUUAGCAUGAGCAGUCCGCACAGGCUAAACAGGAACGACACUUUCCGCUUUUAUAUUUUUCGUUUACUAUCUUUUCUUUGCAUAAAUCCAGUUUAGGCGGAACGUGUUGUCCCUGAUUAUCAUGUAAGGACUGCACAGGCUAAUCUGGGACGACACUUUACGCACAUGCAUUUCAUCCUCUUUUCACAGAGCAAGGCUCACUUUAAGCCCCGUUUUCCCAGAGCGUGGCUAAUUUGUGUUGUAAGGCCGAGAAACCGAGUCAUUUAUUAACUGUUUUUUUUUAAUCGUGUAUUAUUGUGGUAUUUCGAGGAUUCACGCUUGAGGUGUGUAAGCAGAUCUGUUUGUAUACAUUAUAUAAUCUAUUUGAUCAUGAAGUUCAUUGAAUAACAUAUUUUUAUAUGUAUGAUUUACUUUUGGCAUAUCUAACUUCUUGUCACCGCAUUAUGUUAAUAAAACAAAUAAUGUCUUGUGA